AUGCCCGCGCGCCCCGGGCCGCUCUGGCUCCUGGGCCUGGCGCUGUGCGCGCUGAGCGGCGGCGGCGGCCCCGGCCCGCGCCCCCCGCCCGGGUGCCCGUCGCGUCGUCUGGGCGCGCGCGAGCGCCGCGACAUGCAGCGCGAGAUCCUGGCGGUGCUCGGGCUGCCCGGGCGGCCCCGGCCCCGCGCGCCCCCCGCCGCCGCCCGGCUGCCCGCGUCCGCGCCGCUCUUCAUGCUGGACCUCUACCACGCCAUGGCCGGCGGCGGCGACGACGGCGGCCCCCUCGAGCGGCGCCUGGGCCGCGCCGACCUGGUCAUGAGCUUCGUCAACAUGGUGGAGCGUGACCAUCCCCUGGGCCAGCAGGAGCCCCACUGGAAGGAGUUCCUCUUUGACCUGACCCAGAUCCCGGUGGGGGAGGCAGUCACAGCCGCUGAGUUCCGGAUCUACAAGCUGCCCAGCUCCCGUCCGCUCAACCAGACCCUCCGUGUCAGCAUGUUCGAGGUGGUCAGGGAGCAGUCCAACAGGGAGUCUGACUUGUUGUUUUUGGAUCUUCAGACGCUCCAAGCUGGGGACGAGGGCUGGCUGGUGUUGGACGUGACAGCAGCCAGUGACCGCUGGAUGCUAACCCGAAACAAGAACCUGGGACUCCGUGUCUUUGUGGAGACGGAGGAUGGGCGCAGCGUGGAUCCUACUCUGGCAGGUCUGCUGGGCCACCAGGCACCACACUCCCAACAGCCCUUCAUGGUCACCUUCUUCAGGGCGACCCCCAGCCCUGUGAGAGCCCCUCGGGCACCGCGGCCCCUGAAGAGGAGGCCCCUGAAGAAAACCAACAAUCUGCCGCACCUCAGCCAACUCCCGGAGAUCUUUGAUGGCACCCCGCACUCUGGUGGCCGGCAGGUCUGCCGACGGCACGAGCUCUAUGUCAGCUUCCAGGACCUUGAAUGGAUGGACUGGGUCAUCGCCCCCCAGGGCUACUCGGCCUACUACUGUGAGGGGGAGUGCAUCUUCCCGCUGGACUCCUGCAUGAACGCCACCAACCACGCCAUCGUGCAGUCCCUGGUGCACCUGAUGAAGCCAGAUGUGAUCCCCAAGGCGUGCUGUGCCCCCACCAAGCUGAGUGCCAUCUCCGUGCUCUACUACGAUAGCAGCAACAACGUCAUCCUGCGCAAGAAGCGCAACAUGGUGGUCGGGGCCUGUGGCUGCCACUGAGGCUCUUGUUGCCAGCCCCCACCCCCGCUGGGCCCAGACCCCCUUUGGGGACAGAGACCUGCCUUAUAGUUCAGUCAGGGAGGGUCAGCAGGGAAUGUCCUUUGCCCCUUUCCCCAGGGCCUGUGGAGGACAAUCCCUCAGGACUUGACCACACAGGAGGCCCAGGAGCUGAGUGCACUAUCUGUGGCCAGCACCCAUGUCCCACAAACUCAUGGCCAGCACCAUGUUAUAUCGUAGGCAAAACCUCAGUCAUCCUUGCCCUGAUUGUGGCUAAAGGCCAAGCAGCAUUUGGAUCAUGAGGUUGGUGGUGGGGCUUUGCACCAGCCCCUCAGUGCAGGGACCCCCUUCCCCAAGUCAGCACUGGGCAUAUCCUGGCACUGUCAGACGCACACUUGCCCUAGUGGCUCUGAAUUGGUACUUGGGUAGUUAGCACUAUAGGAAAAGAGCAAGUUGAAAGGCUUCACUCUUCUGGCUAAAGCUGGUGGGAGUUUUUACAGCAUUUGUCUUCUGCUGCCCUGGGUCUACCUUCUGUCUGUGGAAGAGAAGCAAUGAACCUUGGAGGCUUCCAGUUCCCUCUGACGCAUCAGCCCUGAAGCAACUUAACUUCCGGGAGAAGCAAAGUUGGUGACUGCAAGUGCGAUCCAGGUGGACACUGCUCGAAUUCUCCCUUCCAUUGCAAAUCACCAUGCCAAUGGCCAAUAUUCAUAAUCAACCUGGCUUCUUUUUCCACUGGACUGAAUAGGGUCUCAAGUUCCUUAGCACACAACUGCAGUCACUGUUCAGAAGUUAAAGGAACUCUCCAUCCACCCCUGCUAGCUCUGCAGGGUGCGGGCGAGGCUGGGUCUGCCUGUGGGCGCUGGGACCCAGUUGUUGAGAACUGGCUGGUGGUGCCUGAGAGAGCACUCACAUACAGACCUCACAUGUGGGAGACCCUGGUUUGAUCCCUGCACUAGAUGUCCCCCAGCACCACAGGGAGCAACUCCUCGCAUUGAGCUGAGAUUAGCCCUCCCAACACUACGAGGUGUGGUUCAAAAAUGUUUUUAAAAAUAAUGAAAAUUUUAAGAUCACAGAACAGCCACCAGGUAUUAUUCUGUGUGUCCAGAAGCUCCGUCUUGAUCCUCGGGACCUGUCAGCAUAAAUCUAGCACUGCCGGAGAGUGGCCAGCGGUAAUUAGCCCAUCAAGGCAGAGCUUCCCACCAACCACUGCUCUCCUGAGUGCUGGCAGAGGCCAGUGUUUCUGGAUUCCUGACCUGAGAAGCAUCAUUACCUACUGGAGACAGAGUCCAGCUGCUGUGGUAUUAAAGCCAGUCCCCACCAGCAGCCAGACGUGGGUUUCUUUCUGGAUUCAGCUCUGCAUCCCAUAAACUAGCAGUGGGACCAGGGAUCCUGGGAGCAAGUGCAGAGGAAGAGGACUCCCCCGCAACACACACACACUGUCUCUUCACUGGCUGGAAGCUUCAAACUCAGAUGGCAGGAAUGGUUAUGGCUGGGAUGUGACUUGGACAUGGUCACUGACUUGGACAUGGCUGGAGCCCCUUCCUCAUUGGACUUCAUUGAGCAUCUGUGACAUGGGGGCCCCCAAACCUGCCACCACACAGCUCUUGCCUCUCACAUCAGAGAUAAGAGGGGUGUGGACCGCUGUGCUGGCUUGUCAGCAUUCUGUCUCAGUGGUUUGGAAACCAGGGAGGUGCAUAAAAUCCAUGAUCCAAAGACCUGUCUUGGCCUUGCCAUCAGAUUGGCAGAACAGGAAUGUAGGGAUCCUUAGAGGACCUUGUGUCCUCUGCAGGGACACAGAGUCUGAAGUCAGCUGGAAGGGCCUGGGAGAGGCCAUGAAUCUGGCAUGCUCAGCAACUAUCUGAUUGUCUCUGAUUGCUGCUACUGAUGCCACACA